AUGACUGACGAUAUAGACGACAUCGAUUGUGAGUGUGCUGGCAUCAGCAAAACCAAGGAGGAUAAAGACAGGAGGAAGAAGAUCAAGAAUUAUCUCUGGUCUACUGAUAAAAGUGACAAAGAAUUAGGUAAAUUUAGCGACAUUAGUGAUGCCAUAAGAAGGGCAAAAAAUACUGCCCUCACCAGGGCCUACUUUCAUCCUAGUACCGCUCCCUUUAAAUCAAUUUUUUCUAUAAAACUUGAAAUAAUGGCAAAAAUUGUUUUUUCAUUUAAAGAUUACGGUACUACUGACAAAGCCAAGCAUGCAGAAAUGCUAGAAAGGUAUAUGCACAAUAAUAAAAAGUAUAAGCCGCCUUCGUGGUUCAUUGAGUUACCUGAAAAAAAAUUUAACAUUUUUAUGAAAAUAUUCGACAUAAUUGAGACGCCUCCGAUUGUUAACAGCAAUGCAAAAGUGUACAAACUCAUCGAAGAAUUGGAUAUUGGCAUAACGAGCGUUGAUCUCGACGACCUCAGAUACAUUCACCAGUGCAAAACUGACUUUAGAAACAUCGAUUUCGACGAGUUUAUUUACAGUUUGGCAUGCCUAGACCUCAUCAAAAAACUUACCUCGAGGCCUGGGAUUUCUGAUCAGAAAUCGGAAAUAACAGAAAUUCAGAGCAUCCUGUACAGCGUACUGGUUUACUUCACGGUAGCCGCCACUUGCGUCUGCCUAAACAUCACCUUAGAUGGAAUCCCUCCGGAAGUUCAACACUUUUUCGAAUGCAAAAUCGUUUGCUUCGAUCGACUCAGCAAGUGUAUCUACGAUAACUUGAAUGAACAAUUCAAAAAGUUGCCAAAUUUUGAAUGCUCACCUUAUUACAAAUCACUCAAGUAUUACAAACAGGCGGCCAACCUCUGCAAACAUGAUAAGUCCGUUCAAAAAAAGUGCAAGCCUAGAAAUAUAAAUUUCAAUCCGUUCAUACACCACAUUAAGAUGAACAAGCUGGACGAACAUUACAUAAGCGAUAUUUUGAUGACUACAAUUCUGGACAUAUAUUCUACGAAUGGAUGCCUCUUAAGUGCUCUGCCUGAUGUCCAGUGGAUCCCAGUUGUUAGGGAUCUUUUCGGACAAGUCGGAAUUUAUGACCCGAUAUGCUGCAGCCCAAGCCGCAGGCAGAGAAUUAUUAAAUUGCUCGACAAGUACAAGAACUUUUCUGUAGCUCUAGCGUUGAAAAAAAAGGAAAGAAUCCUUAGCGAAUUUCAAUCUCACCACCUGAAAAUCCCGGCCGGGAGACCAAAUUUUUCAAAAAUGGAACAAUGCAAAGUCCUUAAAACUGAUUUAUACAACUUUACACCUGUUAAAUUCACUCAGCUUUCUAAGAAGAUAGCGGAGACCCGAAAGAAGCAGCGAGCGAGUAUCAUAGCUUCGAUGGUGACGAGAAACCAAGCCAUAAAAUGCCACCUCAAGUUGGAUAUCUUCCCGUCAAACGUGCUUCCACGGUUCCUCGAAAUCUUCGAUACGUACAACCCGACAAAUCCUAAAGAAUUGUAUUUCGAUUUCUCCAAACCUCAGGGGUACAGACUCAUGAAGAUGCAGCCUUCUUAG